GCUUUCAAGAUUUAAGUAGUUUAGCAGAAGGAGAGCACGAGAGAGCCUACAGGUUCGAAUCUCUCUUUCUCGGCUCGAUUCGUGGCAACCUUGCGUUAUUUAUCGUUUUUUUUCUCCGUGACGCUCGCACGGUAAACAGCGAGUAGUCAAGUCAAUUUUGGCUUUAUAAAUGAUAGUCACGCACAAUGAGAUGCCUCCAGCAAACAAAGAGAACAAGAAACGGAGAAAGAUACUGUCCGAGGAGGAUGAAGGUGAUGAGGACUAUAGAAAGAGGAGAGACAGAAAUAAUCAGGCUGUUAAAAAGUCCAGAGUGAAAAGUAAGAUGCGCACCCAGCAAACGUUAGAGCGAGUGCACCAACUCAAAAUAGAGAACGAAUUGCUUGAGGAAAAGAUUAAAAUGCUUACAAAGGAACUUGGCUUCCUUAAAGAUCUUUUCUUGGCACAUGCAGGUUCUAAUAUACAUUCUCCAAGCCUUCAGGAUGUAGACCUCAAUGCUCUUCUGGCGGAUGACAACAAAACAGAUAAUGCAAAGAAGUCGUAGAGAAGCUAAUGCAGCUAAACAUUCUCUGCACCAUUAGAGAAUGUGAAAUGGACAAUCUAAUUUGAGCGCAUGGGGGAAAUUGCCAUUGGAUGGGCGCCAGUGUGACAAGUGACUGUGAAUAAACGAAAUAAGCAACAACAGAAAAACAGGUCGAUCAACACACACACGCACAUUUCGUGCCGCGGCGCACACUGAUCGUUGCGAUUGCUUUACUCCACAAAAAAGCAAAAAAAGAACACGGCAAGAAAAAUCAAAUCAAGGACACGCUACAGGCUCUCAGGAUGGUAUCCGACACACGAAGGCGUGAUUAUGGAGCUUGCAGCUGCCUCCUUGUUACAUUAAUUCAUAAGCAUUUAGUCUUAAUAUUACAUUUGUAGAUCGCCUUUUCAAUAUUUUGUACAAAUCUUAAAUAAAAUGUAUCUAUGAAAGAAGAAGAAAAAAUGGCGAAAAAUCAUU